AUGGCGCUUGACGAUACAGGCAACGAGGAGGAGUUUCAAGGGGACCCCGGGGCGCUGCUAGAGAUUGAUGAUGACGAUGAGAUUGAGCAGCGCUUUUCUCGGGCUUUAGCCGCCAUUGAAGAAGUUGCUGGUGGUGGUGGUCAUAUUCAGCUUCGAAAGGUUCUCCAGAGCACGCAAGGAGAGAUCCAGGAGCUCCGCGAUGAGUAUCGCACUGUGAAGAAGCAAAAUAAUGUUCUUUACGCUCUACUUCCCGCGAACAAGAGGCGGGACUUCGACAGAGGUCUUUCCCUCGAGACCAUCAUUUAUCAGUCAAAAGGGUUCCAUCCCGCCAUCUCCUCUAGCCCGGGAUGUUGA